AUGGUACAUCUGCUGAGCUAUUUCCAGUGCAACCUGACGAAUCCGAGCCAGGAGCGCUGCUCGGUGCCGUACUCGUGCUGCAAGUCCACCAGCCUAGGGCCGGUGAGCCUCAACUGUGGCCGAAACGUGCUCAACAUGUCCGACUACGACGCCUGGUUCAUCGUCCACAUCGGCAACUGCCCGGACGCCGUGCACCGCUACGUCAAGGAGCAUGUGAUGGUCAUCGGCGGCAGCUGCCUCAUCGCAGUCAUCUUGCUCGCCUUCGUCGACAUGAUCACGAACGCGGUGAUCGACGAGAUCGACAUUAUCUGCAGGAUAUACCAGCACGUCCAGAUUGCCGAGCAGGACCAGUCGUAG